AUAGUAUAGUCUCUGAUUUUCAAAACAUAGUUAGCGUUUUCAAUGUAAAGCGUGUGUAAUACAAAAAAUAACCAUGAGUGCAACCGAUAUAAAUAAAGUUGACGAAGAAGAGACUAAAACGUUGGAUAAGCAACAAAUAGAAGCGGAAGAGAAAGAAGUGAUGCUGAAAACUGAAAAUGAAACAGCGGAAGAUGAUGUAGAGCUACGACAUGACGACGGCCCUGUUAAAGCGGCACUCUCGGGAGAUAUUACUGAACAGGGACGGGAAGUUAAACCAAAAUUCAUACCAAUUGGCGCUAUUAAGAUGCCUGGCUUUUUUACGAGAAAUUCAGAUAGAGAAAAAUCAAAGGAAGAGGAAGCUAUUGAAAAAGAAACUGAUAAUGAUAAAAAUCAGGAAAAGUCUGAUGAGGACAAGACUAAACAGCGUUUCCAGUUUUUACAAACUUGCCCAUUUACAAAAUUUUUGCAGCAGACUCCAAAGGAAAAUGAUGGUGAUUCUAUUGGAGCAAAGAAAGGUUUUGGAUUAUUCAAUGUUAGAUAUCCAAAAUUAUUUCAAAAACAUUCUGCUACGGAGGCGGCACUUGCAUCAAUGGAAACUUUAGAAGAUAAACUCGACACUCCAAAUGAUGGAAUGGAAAAUGUGAAAUUGGAUGUGACUGAUGAACAAGAGGGUAAAGUAGCAACAAGGCUUCCUCUAAAAGAAAGAAUCCGACAAAAGAAAUUUAUUAUUGAUGACAUUAUGGUUUGUGGAGUAACAAUAUUAGUGUUACUCGCUGUGAUUGUGGGCAUAGUGAUUGGAGCACGUUCUGGACCGCCCACCGAGCGACCCCUACGUCUUGGUCGAUAUAUCACCACCCACACCACAUGCGGUUUGGUAGAAGGAAUACUGGACGAUCAAGUCUACAAUUUCUAUAGCAUACCAUAUGCAGUCCCGCCAAUAGAAGAUAAGAGAUUUACAUAUGCACAACCACUGAACAAUAUUUCAAUGUGUUGGAAUGGUACAUUGGAAGUUCAUGAACCUGGUCCACUUUGUUUACAAUUUUUGGAAAAUGGAACGAUUACAGGGGAUGAAGAUUGUUUAACUCUGGAUGUUGUCACCCCUCACGUAAGAUAUGACAGUCCAUUACCCGUUGUUGUAUUAAUUGGCGCUAAUACAUUAGCAGGCGGGAUAAGUCCAGCUCAACCUUCAGCUAUGUAUGCAAGAACAAAAGAAGUUGUCUUUGUAAGACCCAAUUUCAGACUGGGUCCAUUUGGCUUUUUAGCUCUGGAUAUUUUGUCAAAUUCGAAAUACCCACGUACAUCAGGCAAUUAUGGUCUCAGUGAUUUAAUUACAGCACUGCAAUGGAUAAAGUAUAAUAUAAAACAUUUUGGAGGUGAUGCUGAAUCUGUUACUCUGCUAGGACAUAGAGCUGGGGCAACUUUAACUGCAGCCUUAACAACAGUUAAUAAGGCUCAUAAGUUAUAUUCAAGAGUUUGGCUGUCUUCACCUUCUGUUAUAUUUCCUGGUGAUAAUUUGGAACAAUCUCAAAAAGCAAAUGAACCCUUUAAACAAAUUAGCAAAUGCAAUGAUGUUGAUUGUUUACGUCGUAUAUCGCAGCUAGAAAUUAUGACUGCGACGCCGGAUACAUGGCUUGGAAGUGAUAUUAACUCUUUACCUGUUGCUGACGAACUUAAACGUUCUUGGCUAAUACUAGACGGAGACUACUUAAGAACUCAUGCAUACGAAAGUUGGGAUGCUCAAAAGGAAGCAAAAAAUUCAGGCAAAAAGAAAGUAUUUAAGCCCAUGGUUUUCGGAACCACGCAACAUUCGGGCCACUCUGACGUACUACGUAUGAAGUACAUGAAUUGGACAGCUGAUAUUGUAGAAAAAAUGGUUAAUGAAAGUUACUUAGGCGAGAAAAAUUUGACUAAUGAAGUAUUUAAAAUGUUUAAUAAAUCAUAUGAAGGACUUGUAGAAUUAAUUUCUUCUAUACGUACAUUAUGUCCAUUAAUUAGCUUAGCUCGAUUGCGCCUGGUCGUGCCAAUGUAUGUAGUGUUGGGCUCGGGCCCAGGUGGAGGCAUAGCCGCUUCUGGAAUGGCAGAUAUUAAUUCUGAUAUUGAAGCUAUUCUUGGUACUUUCGAUUCGGAAAUGCCAGAACAACGUCGUUUCAUGGCAGCUAUUCAGCAAUUAUUUUACUAUUAUGUUUGGCAUGGACAACUACCAGGACCAGAAACUGGUUUGAUUGCAAUCGGACAAGACUUGCUAGCACACCAUGGUCUGCCAGCGUGUGAUUUACUCAUACAAGAAGAUGUUGUACCCAGACAAGCACACAUUGACUAAGACAUAAUAACAGUUUUAAUAGAAAGUUUUGCUGUCACGUUUUGUGUGUUAAUUUUAUCGUAUAUUUAAAAAAAUCUCUUUUUUUUAUUAACAUUUAUGUAAGUGAAGCUUUUUAGUACUUACAAUGCACAUGUUAUAAUGUUUAGGUUAUUAAAUUUAAUAUCCUUCUACUACUGAUACAGCUGGUCUUCUAGAAUAAGUAUCUUAUAAUACUCAUGUAAAAAAGAUCUGGUCUAGUAUAUUAAGUACAAAUAUUUUUAAAUGUGUCUUAAAUUCUUCACAAGGAAUAAUUCAAAUGAACGAAUAAGACUGAUUUUCGAAUCCCAUCAUACCAAUGAUCUCAUGCAAACAUUGAAACAGUCAGCUUAUUAAUUUUUAUACUGUUUAGCUUAAUGUAAAUCGUGUAGUUAGUUUUAUUACUUUUAUAUACAAGUAUUUUAUAAACAUUGUAAAUUAAUUCUAUAAGAUUCAUUGAUCAUAUUAUCUAAUAAUAAAAUAAAAAUUUAGACCCCACUUUAAUAGUAAUUGUAGAAAAAAACUUUCUGAAUUUGUCUUCGUUUUCCAAAGAAUCUUAUCGAUUUACUUAAAGGCUGAUGAUCCAAAGAGUGAUUUGUGAGUAAUAUUUGUAUUGAUUUUUGAAUAAACUAGCAUUUCUACUAUAAUGUGUAAUAGUGUGAUAGUUCUUAUUGACCGUGUCAUUAAUCCACAUUGAUCUUGCCAAAUAGUAGGGCAUUUUGCCAUAGGUUUUUAGGUGUGUAAUUUUAAUUAGCAGCUUUAAAAAUAAAUAUCGAAUCUUUGUUAUGUUAGCAGGUAAAUUAACCAGCAGUUUGCAUUUGACCAGCUGCACUUAUUGUGUCUACUUCUUUGUGUCAUUAGAAUAGUUCUGUAGUCAUUAAAUUAUGUUCAAUAUGUUACAAUUUAAUAAAUGUAUGACGCUAUCCAAAA